UGUUCUGCUUGGUGCUGCUGCUACUGCGGAUCGCGCAGAGACCGCAGUGGGAGAGGUUCUUUUUGAAGUUUGGCGAGGGCUCUCCAAGAUUCGUGGGUAAUGAUGGCUUCCGUCAGCGGUGCGAACUUCAAGAAAGCUAGGGCGGAGGGUUCUCCCGGUGGCCUACCAGAGGAGCAAACGCGAAGUCACGAUUAGAGUCCGUUGGAGUCGGAUCUGUGUCGCAUACAGGAGGCGUAAGGCGACCGGGAGAAAAGCACCACCUGACCGACGAACAAGAGCCCAUCCGCCUGCUCGCUACCCCUCCCUUCCUGUGAUCCGCCCUGUACAUGUGGUGUUUUGACCACCAAUCCACAGUCGCGCGAGGCGCGUUGUACCACCGGUGCACCAGCGCUUGCAGGGCCACGACGCAGGACGGCGGUGCCAGCAUCCAGUGGCGGCCCUGACAUACAUGUUAGCCAGACGGCAGCAGGGGUGCGACAGCUCAGCGGUACUAUUCGGGAGCGCUACUAGCGAAAGCAGCUGGCACGAGCGUUUUGGCAGAGAGCUGUUGGGAGGAUUGACAGAGAGCGGAAGGGCGUGGAGACGAUUGUGAUGCGGGGAGGGGGAAGAGGUGCAGAUAGCGUGUCGAUACUCAAGAGUCCGGGGUGCUCACUUGUGGCUGGAGAAAUUAAACAUGUUUUUUUGUAUGGCACGCGGUUGCUUGCUUUUCAUCAGCUGGCGGUGUGCGAAGUGGAACACGUUGACGGUGCCUUGCCUCAACACCAAGUCACCGGUACAUUCGGGGCAGAUUCUCUGCAUCUAUUUUGCGCGGAUGUGGUCGCGGUGGAAAGUUUUUUAUCAAUCGCAUUUUUGCAAUUCCACUUGUGGUAGGCGCGGUAGAGGCGGCGCCGGUUGUCAACGAGCGCGGGACUUU